ACCUCAGCCCCACAGAGCACUCCUCCGCUGCCCUCCCAGCCCCACAGCCCAGAAUGAGGAGCACGCUGCUGGCCCUGGCUGCGCUCUGCCUGCUGGCUGUGCUGCACCAGGCUGAAGGGGAGAGCAAUGCUGUGAAGCUCUGCGGGAGAGACUUCGUCAGAGCCAUCGUCUUCACCUGCGGCGGCUCUCGGUGGAAGAGGGAUCUGGCUAAUUACCAGUACCUGUUUGCAGAGAGCAGCGAGAGCUCCCCGUCCUCGUCCCGGGAGAGCGGCGCUUCCGCAGAGCCCUCCCCAUUCGCAGCACAGUGGCUGAGGGCCGCUGAUGAGCAGAGCCAGGAGGGCAGAGCGCAGGAGGAGCGCGACGUGCAGCGCAGCAGGAAGGUGGCGGUGCUCAAGAGGCGCGAGGUGGCCAAACUGCUCACCACGUCCUGCUGCAGCGUCGGCUGCAGUGAGAGGGACAUCAGCCUGCUGUGCUAACGCAGCCGCUGCCGGGGGGGGGGUUCGAGGCCAUUGCUUGAAGGUAUUAAAGCGGUCAUGACAUAAAGCACGGUCCUUUCAGUCGUGUUCU